ACAAGGAUAAGAAUGGAUCUGUGAGAACGACUUCGACUACACCGCACGUUUGCUGUAUUUGGAAACUGCGCCUACUGACGUAAGUAGCGUGGUGCGCGCCUCACGGAUCCCCGGUGGAACGAGGCAGCAGCAGCAAGAGCGCGCAUCUUCUUUUUCGCCGCGUUGGAUCGACUGCAGGAAGAGCAGAUGCCCGACUACGAACCUUCGCCUGUGGAUAUCACACAUGCCAGAGCAGGCGGGCAGACGAGAUCCACUGUCGUAAAGACGCAUCGUUCGCGUCCACUCUCAGUCCCAAGGACGGUUGAGGAAUAAAUAGCGAGAACCUAAAGCGGGAGCAGGUAGUGGUGUUUAUUCUUUUGCCACACACACGCACACACACACACACACACAGACACACACACAUACACACACACACUCACACACACACAUACACACACACACACACACACGUUCCAAUGAAGAGUUUCGGAGGAGGACUUAUGAGGAAUACUGGGCAUCAGCACUAGAUACCGAAGGAUUCUCACUCGGCCACUGCUGCUGCUGUUGCGGAGCACCGUGUGAGUGCGAUCGGCUUUGGAAUACAGCGAUGUGAGAAACCAAUGUGGAUACGACGUGGAUAUAUGGAGAGGCACUUCGGCAGUCUUUGAACAUAUCGGACAUCCAUCUGCAACGGCAUGUUCGUAUAAGGCUCCGUGAUCUGGCACUGCUUUUUUCCCUUCUUUUUUUUUUAUCUUGGUUCGGUGUUUUUUUUUGUAGGAGAUCAAUGGAAACGGUAUUAUUCAUCCGCCUCAGACCCCUGAUUGUUUUGAUUUAGUUUUUGGUUUUGUUUGGUGUUUUGGUGCACACGAGUGGAAUGCCUCGCAUCAGAGCGUCUCGGUGUGGAGGAGACUCCGCGCGGGGCUGAACGGACGGCUCCCCUCUCCUCUCCUCUCCCGCUGCUGGAGACGUGCGAUGGAUGGGAAACUUAAUUUGCAUCUACCAAACCGUUCGAGGGAAAACCGUCACGUCAAAUAACCGCCGCUGACAGUGAUCAGGCUGAAUGUCAUAGGAUGAACACUGCUGGUGGGGUGUGUCUGUCUGUGCUGUCCUCCUUCCUGGCCGUGGCCGGGGCCCUGGCUGCCGCCUCCGCCCUAGCCCUCGUCCGCCUCUCUGCCCUGGCCGCGGCCACCUCCGGGGCGGCCGCCGGCUCCCCCAGCGCCGGGGCAGAGGGGCCCCUCUCCCCCGCCGCCAUCUCCUCGCCAUGCUCCAGCCUGGUGGCGGGCGUGCUGUACGGCUCCUUCUCCCUGCGGGAGCUCUUCCCCUCCAGCUCCCUGGAGAACCCCGACCCCACCAAGUACUCCCUGUACCUGCGCUUCACCCGCCACCCCUCCAUCUGCCAGACACACUCCCCCAUGCUGCUGUCCCUGGACCACCACCUGGCCAACCAGAGCUGCCCGCUGCGGCUGCACUCGGACCCCCCUAAGGACCAGGAGGUGGUGGACCUCUGCGGGGGCCGGCCGGCCGCAGACGAGCCCCACGCCUUCCUGCAGUUCGACAAGAACUUUGUGCAGCUGUGUCUGACGCGGUGGCCCUCGCCCGACGCACCGCCCCUCGCCGAGGAGACGCUGGAGCUGCGGCUGGUGGAGGUGCUGCUCAUCAACAACGAGAACUCCAGCCAGUUCACCUGCGGCGUGCUGUGCCGCUGGUUCGAGGAGUGCCUGCGCGGCGGUCGCCACGGCGACGGAGACGGCGGGGACGGCUGCGGCAUGACGCAGACGGGCUGCAUCUGUCCCAACCACAACAUCGCGCCACCGGCGGUCCCGUUGCCGCCGGCGACGCCGCACGCGGCCGGCGGCAACGGCUCGCUGGCGCCCGAGGACUGCUGCGUCACCGAGCUGCACUCCAACGACGCCAUCGCCAUAGCGCCCCGGGACGUCAGACAAGACCCGUAUGAGGACGACCUGAAGGUAAAGACCCAGAGACCACGAUCUGCAGACCAGCCAGGUGUGUUUCAGGCACAGACAGCAGGUGACCCGGCGGCCGAGGAGUGGUCCCAGUGGAGCGUGUGCUCGUUGACGUGCGGCCAGGGCUGGCAGGUGCGCACCCGCUCCUGCGUGUCCUCCCCGUACGGGACGCUGUGCAGCGGCGCGCUCCGGGAGACACGCAUGUGCAACAACACGGUGGCCUGUCCCGGUGACACCGGGAUCAUCAGCUCAGUGCAUGGGCUGUGGGAGGAGUGGUCGUCAUGGAGUCUGUGUUCUGUGACGUGUGGGCGGGGCUCUCGGAUCCGAACCCGGAAGUGUGUGAACGGAGGAGGGGGAGGGGCCUGUGGAGGGCCCGAGACUCAGACCAAACUCUGCAACAUAGCGCUCUGUCCUGUGGAGGGCCAGUGGUUGGACUGGGCCCCCUGGUCCCCCUGCAGCGUGACCUGCAGCGUGGGCACGGAGCAGCGGCAGCGGCGGUGCAGCGCCUCGGUGCACGGCUGGGCUGAGUGCAAGGGGGUGCACCAGGAGAGCCGGGACUGCACCAACCCCCCGUGCAGUGGCGGCGGUGGUAACUGGGCCAGCUGGAACCACUGGAGUCUGUGCAGCAAGACAUGUGACUCUGGCUGGCAGCGGCGCUUCAGGAUGUGUGAGGGCGCGGAGGUCCAGGGCUCCACCUGCCAGGGGUCCGGGGAAGAGGUCCGCACCUGCAACGACAAGAAGUGCCCAGCGCCUCACGAGAUCUGCAAGGAUGAGACCCUCCUCUCCAUGAUGUGGAAGAGAGCUUCGGCUGGAGAAACGGUCUACAACAAAUGUCCAACUAACGCCACUGGAUCUGCUAGUCGUCGUUGCCUGCUGGACAAUAAUGGAGUUGCUUUCUGGGGUCCUCCGAGCUUCGCCAGAUGCAUCUCACUUGAAUAUAGAUAUUUACAUUUAUCUUUGCGAGAGCAUCUUGCGAAGGGUCAGAGGACCCUGGCGGGGGAGGGCAUGUCUCAGAUCGUCAGGGGUCUCCUGGAGCUGUUGCAGAGGAGGAGCUACCACAGCGGUGACCUUCUCUUCUCCACGGAGAUUCUGCGAAAUGUGACGGACACCUUCAAAAGAGCAACCUACAUCCCAGCUCCCGACGACGUGCAGAAAUUUUUCCAGGUAGUCAGCUUAAUGUUGGACAUGGAUAAUAUCGAGAAGUGGGAUGACGCACACCAGGUCUCUCCCGGUGCAGCGAUGUUGAUGAGGAUACUGGAGGACUUCAUUCAUCUCAUCGGCGAUGCGCAGAAACCCUUUCAGAGUGUCCUGGUGGUCACCAACAACCUCAUGAUCACUAUCCAGCGAGAGCCGGUGUCUGCGGUCUCCAGCAACAUCAACUUCCCCAUGAAGGGCCGACGGGGGAUGAAGGACUGGGCGCGGAACGCGGAGGACAAGCUCUACAUCCCUAAAGAGGUCUUCACUGCGCCCGCAGAAGAAACAGAGACCGAGACUGAAGGGACGAUGUACUAUGUGAUCGGAGCCAUCCUAUACAGGACGUUGGGAUCCAUCUUGCCUGCACCAAACCCCCCUGCGAUGAUCAACUCCAAGAUCCUGGCGGUGACGGUGCGUCCAGAGCCCCAGCCCAGCGAGCCCAUGGUGGUGGUGGAGCUGUCGCCUCUGCUCAACGGUACAUCGGAUCCUCAGUGCGUGGUGUGGGACUACGGCAACCCGGAAGCCGGAGCAGAAAACUGGGGCACAGAAGGCUGCCAAACGCUCACUUCAACCGCCGUCCACACCAAAUGUCUGUGCAGCAGGAUAUCCACCUACGCCGUGUUAGCACAGCAAGCUAAAGAGCCGGACAUGGGGCCUUCCAGUAUGCCCUCAGUGCCACUCAUGGUGGGCUGUGGGGUCUCCUGCACAGCCCUGAUCAUCCUGCUGCUCAUCUACGCUGCCUUCUGGAGGUACAUUCGCUCGGAGCGAUCGAUCAUCUUGGUGAACUUCUGUCUCUCCAUCCUGGCCUCCAACAUGUUGAUCCUGGUGGGACAAUCACAGACACUGAGCAAGGGUCUGUGCACUGUGACGGCGGCCUUCCUGCAUUUCUUCUUCCUGGCGUCGUUCUGCUGGGUACUGACCGAGGCGUGGCAGUCUUACCUCGCCGUCAUCGGCAAGAUGAGGUCGCGCCUGAUCCGCAAGCGUUUCCUGUGCCUCGGCUGGGGUCUCCCGGCCCUAGUAGUAGCAGUGUCGGUAGGCUUCACCAGAGCGAGAGGUUACGGCACAGCCAGCUAUUGCUGGCUCUCCUUAGAGGGUGGUCUUCUCUAUGCCUUUGUGGGACCAGCUGCUGUCAUUGUACUGGUGAAUAUGCUGAUUGGAAUUGUGGUGUUCAAUAAGCUCAUGUCUCGGGACGGCAUCUCGGACAAGUCUAAAAAGCAGCGGGCGGGUGUCCCGGUGGAGGCACGUAACCGGCUGCUGCUGAAAUGCUCCAAGUGUGGCGUGAUCUCAAGCACCGCCAUGUCCAGCUCCACCGCCAGCGGCGCCAUGGCCUCUCUGUGGAGCUCCUGUGUAGUUCUGCCUCUGCUGGCGUUGACCUGGAUGUCUGCAGUGCUGGCCAUCACUGACCGGCGCUCCACGCUGUUCCAGGUCCUCUUUGCGGUGUUCGAUUCAGUGCAAGGCUUCGUCAUCAUCACCGUUCACUGUGCCAUGCGCCGAGAGGUGCAGGACGCGGUGCGCUGUCGGAUGGGCGGAUGCAAAGACGACAGCGAGAACUCGCCGGACUCCUGCAAGAACGGACAGGUGCAGAUCAUGAAGUGUCCCAACGUCAGCUACUGCGGCCAGCAGUGCGGCUCGCUACGCUACGGCACCGCCGCAACCCCGUGCCAGCCCAUGUCCUGCCACCAGUCCACGCCCCACCCGUCCCCCGUGGGCCCCCCGGGUUGCCGGCACGGGUGCCAGCAGGCCUGCCUCCACAGCCUGCCCCACCUCAACCACAACCACAACCGCCUCCACGAGCACAGCGCCGCGCUGAGCUCCGACUUCCACAGCCUCGCCCUCAUGAACCAUAACCACACCCACAGCCACCACAGCAGCCAAUCAACGGACUUUGAGAAAGACGUUGACCUGGCGUGUCAAACAGUUAUCUUCAAGGAGGUGAACACGUGCAACCCUUCCACCAUCACCGGGACGCUGUCCCGGAUCUCCCUGGACGACGAGGACGACCCCAAGCUGAUGGCCCACCAGGACGGAGGGGUGGGCCUCAACUUCAGCAGCCUGCCCGGCAACAUCCCCCCUCCAAACCUCAUCGUUCAGGUGCCCCCUCUGGGAGGACUUAACGAGCUGAGCGAGACGCCCCUCAAGAAGGAGGUCAACGUGGAGCAGCAGCGACAGCAGGGGCAGCAGCGCGGAGGGGCCCCCGUCUACCUGUGCACCGAGAGUGGCCUGGGAUGGGGCCGAUCGCCCCCCUCGUCCAACUCGCCCCAGGACGGGAGCGUGGGGGGAGGAGGCUUAGCAGGAGGUGGGGGCAUGAUGGCAGGGGGAGAGGGGGACUACAUGGUCUUGCCCCGGAGGACAGUCAGUCUCAAGCCGCCGGGGCCCGCCGGGAUAGUGGGGCUGGGGCUGGGGGGCGAGGAGAAGCCCCUCAACAUCGGGUUGGACGACCCCCCCUUCCCCCCGCCCCCUUCCCCGCUGACCCUGCACCCGGCCGAGAGCGAGGCCUACCCGGCCGACUUUGUGGCGCCCGGGCAGGGCGACAUGAACCUGGCCAUGAACCUCAACCACCGCUCCUACGGGACCAUCAAGACCAUGCCCGGCCACGGGAACAUGCUGGCGCCGGGCGGCCCGAUGGCGCACGCCCACCGGGGCCACGUGCAGCACGGCCACUCGCUGCAACUCAAGCCGGGCCAGAGGCCGUCCGUCAGGCAGAUCUUGACGGGGGGCGGUGGCGGUGGCGGCGGUGGCGGCGGCGGCGGGGCGGAGAGGACCAUGACCCUGCCGCGCAACCUGGGCAGCACCAACAACGCAAACACCAGCCACUCGGCCGGCUCCCUGGAGAGGAAGAGAGUACGGUACUCUGAGCUGGACUUUGAGAAAGUGAUGCACACUCGCAAAAGACACUCUGAGCUGUACCACGAGCUCAACCACUCGUCCAAGUUCCACACCAUAGACAGGUAUAGCAGGGACCCGGCCGUGUCCGCCUUCAAGAGGAGGAAAAAACCAUGGAGCAUUUGGUCUACCGGAGGUGAAAAGAUCUCGUCGAGUGACAAGUCGACCCCAGACGACCAGCACUCCUGGGACAGCUUCAAGACCAUGACCCCCGAGCUGUGCAUCGUCCCUGGGGAACAGAAGGACCGCAUGGAGCUGCACAACAAGACAUGGGACUCUUCCUCCGCUAACACACCAGACUCAUCCGAAGGAGAUUUUCAGACUGAAGUGUGAAAAACAACACACAUAUACAUAUACACACACCCGCAAGCAAACUAGGACACACACACAUAAAACACAAACGUACACACUCCCUCAGAAUCCGAGAUUGGACUUAAAAGGGCAAACUAAAGUGAACAAGUACAAACCACUGGGCGCACACAACACACGUAUGAACACGCACACACACACACACACACACACACACACACACAUACACACACACACACACACACACACACACACACACACACACACACACACACACACACACACACACACACACACACACACACUUUUACAGACUCUGCUCCAAAUCUCCUGCGAUGUGUUCUAUUAGAUUGCUUACUGUAAUUGUUUACGGCUGCACUGGACUGACAUGGAGGUAAACUGUUCUAUUCUAUAUUUUCACAAAGACUAUCAAAAAUGAAAGAACAGGGGCUUGAAGCAAGUACAGACACACUUUUUGAGAAAAAUAGAAGACCUUUAAGAAAAUCCAACAAAACAACCACAGAAAAAAAAAGACCCUAUGGACGAUGAACGGUUUCUGAAAAAUAAUGUCUUGAUUUUAUUCUAGAGAAGAUGAAGAAGAAAAAAAAGGAAAAUCUCUUUCACCUGUUUAAUGAUUUUGAAAAAGUUGAAAAAAGAAAAGAAUAUUUCUGCACCGUUAAGUUCUUUUUAUAGAAAGGAAAAAAAAAAUCUCACUGCUGUUUUCACACCGUUAGUCCCCCUAGGCCCCCCCGUCAUCUUCUGUUUUCUUUCCCAGUGUAAUGGAGGAUGCAAGCACUCUUUUUUUUUUUACUGUACGUUUCUCUCUAUAGAUGGUUCCGGAGAGUUGGUCGGGGUUGAAGGGAAAAAAAGAGUUGUUUAAUGAUAUGUGCCAUUCCUCUGCUACGUCUUCUCUUCUCCGUCUGCAAUGUAAUCUUGUUUUCCCCUUCUUUGUAUUUUCUAUGAUUUAGAUAUGAGAUGUCCUCCCUAACGUUAAACUGUUGAGGAAAAUUAUAUCAAAAGUCAAACAGGAUCAACAAAGAACCCUUUCUGCACAAUUAUGUUCUACGGUCUUAAUUGUACAAGAAUAAUCAAUUUAUUUUGGGAUUGCUUUGGUUCGUCUGGCUUUUUGCUUGCUUUGCCUUUUUUUGGAUUCCUUUAUUAGGGUUUAUCCCUUGUGAAAACCAAACCAAUAUUCCACAUAUACACACAGCUCAUCUUUGUGAGCUUGCCUGAGGUCCUGUGUGCGUUGCAUGUUGCUCCGUCCCGAUUGGAAAACAACAAGAACAAAUAUUGCCCACUUGACACUCUCUCACCCUCUCACACACACUCCCUGGGAAUAUUUCCAUUCGGAAGAAUGCAACAUUGGAAUCGAUGUUGGAAAAAACGCCAGAGAUACUUUCCCAUCGUGGGCUGUUUGCUGUGCCAUUCAAGAGUCUGCAAAACUCGCCUCAUAUUUUCUCCAUGACUCCCUCCUUCCCACAUACAGGCCUGAUACACAGGCAUCAAUACCCUGCUCAGAGCCAGGUAUCGACUGGUUUGCCAGCCCGCUCAUCCCCUGUAGUUACUAAGGAAAUGACCUAGUGCCCUCCAGACUGCCUGCUGUGACGUGGCAGCCUACGCUCUCUUGCCAUUUGCGAUCAAGAGCAACUGCUGCGGUGGAGGGGAAAGACGUGCACAAAGAGACGCAGACGGCAGAGGCUGUGCUCUGACCAUCGUGUCCUCUGGAGUUCUGCCCCCGCCCCCCCCCUCCUCCCCCAUUGGUCCUUGUUUUAUCCACCAUUGACGUGUUCCAAUCUGCCCCCCCCCCCCCCUAAAUAGAAGAAGAAAAACAGAUAAUAUCAAAUGUUAAUGUGACAUUGCAUUAAUACAUAUGGGCUUAAUAUAUGGUGAGGGGGCGCUGACAGACAGCCAUACAGACAGUCGAGGACGGAUCGUGAUGACGUCAUUCAGGCAGAAAGAGACAAAGUGGGAUCCUAAAGGAUGAGACAAGUAGCCAAUCAGAAGGGAUGUUAAAUUAAGCAGUGAGGCUGGGGGAGUCAGGGGGGGAGGGGCAGACAGGGGGGAGUCAAGUGCCAGGGGGAGCCUGAUGGAAAGAUAUUUUUACCUGACAUUUUUAGAUUGCAGUCUCCCAAAAAACAAAUGGAAGGUCUAGUUCUUUGCCGUGGAAACAUUAGCAUAUUACUCAUGCAAAACACCAGCAGAGAGGGGAGAGGGUCAGAGUGCACCAUGAACGCAGUAGAUGGCCCGAUAACUUCCCUCCAUGUCUUUUUACACAGCCUUCCAAUUAGCCGAACGUUAGUGGGCAGAUAGAUGAUAGCACAGUGUAGGAGAGAACGGCAGACUUAAAGGGGGGGGGGGGGGGGGGGUGGCAAGUAAAUCAAAAGAGGGGCAGCAGUGGAUGCAGAUCAAGAGAGGGAGAGUGGAAAACAGUAAUUACCAAGGGGAUGGCGAUUUGUCCUGACAUUUUCAGACACAACCCUCAAACCAUCUGUUUAAAGAUCCCUAAUGUGGUAACGCAGCGCAGUGCAGAUGGCAAGACAAGAGCACAGUCCUAGCUAACCUUUGCAAGCUAAUCGGCGAUACGCAGAGAAAAAAUAACCACCUACCCUCCCUCCCUCCCUCGCGGAAGAGAGAGGGAGGGAGGGUAGAUGGAUAGAUCUGGGGCCCCCAAGUCGUUGUGUUUUUCCGGGUUCACAUUCACCUUGCUCUCCGCGAGGUCACGCUUGGUCUCUACAUGGUCUCCAGACAUCUGGACCAGAGCCUGUUGACACCAUCUCCCAUGUACAACCUUGUGAGAAGGGUGUGUUGGCUCAGCGAUCUUCCACUUCGAGUCAAUCUGGACCGCAGCGGCAACUGCACUAUUAACGAGUUGCAAAGGACGAUUCAGGAGUCUCAUCUUCAAUCUGAAAAAUGUGUCUGAUAAUUAUUUUCAAAUAUUAUUGUGAUCAUUAUUAUUACUAUUAUGAUUCCGCUGCUAGUGUUUUUCCGUCACGAUUCAUUCAUGCUUGUCGGGGGAUUUCUCUGUUGUAUUCUCAAAGGAAGGUGAGUGCUAUGGUUUAUUUUUGUUAGGGUCUGAAGCUGUUUGGAAGUUCACAUCCACUGUGAAGUAUUAACCAAGCGGCAUCACGCAACAAUCUUGUCCUUGAUCUACUUGUUCUAAGCUUUGCCCUUUGAGUGUCUUUUGGAAAGUUCAAAGAGCCUGCAGUAUCAUUCAUGUCACACCAACACACAAUGAACUGCGCAUUUCAAAGUUUUGAACAACUAUGCACACAGGCUUAUUAACACACGAGUACAGCAAAAGCAUCCGGUCCCCUCUUUAAUUCAUUUGGAGUAUUGCUUCAAGAGAAAUUCUCCCUUAACCCUCUAUCUUUCUCUCUCUCCCUCCCCUCCUCCUGCUCUCAUUCUCCUGUUUUAUUUUAUAAAUAUCUGUAUAAUUAUAGAAAAAGUAGUCCUCUGAUGUUUUCAUAGUGUCUUUUUUAUAUGAAAAAUAAAUUUUCAAAUGAUAA